AUGAAGUCGACCACUACCACCCUCGCUGCCCUUGCCCUUGCUCUCGGCGUGAGCGCUGACACGCUGGUACUCAACACACCCUCAGGUGCAACAGGCGCAAUCCAGUGCGAGGUGUAUCAGGUUACAUGGACCGGCGGCACAGCUCCAUACUCGCUCUACCUCUAUGACGGCUCCCAGAACUACAUCUCCGAACUUGCGGACUCUCUCGAGUCUUCACCAUACCAGUGGACUGUGAACGAGGCUUCAGGCUCGUCUUUCAUCCUCUCCAUCCACGACGCAGAUGGCAGUACCUCUUCGACGGCCUCGUUUGAGAUCCAGUCGAGCUCUGAUUCGAGCUGUCUGAGCGGGUCGUCUUCCGUGAGCGGGAGCGCCACAAGCUCGGCGUCGGGUACGACGACGGCUGCGGCUGUUAGUACGAGUGCAGGCUCGAGCGUGAGCGCUAGCUCUAUGUCGGCGUCCAGCGCCAGCGCCAGUUCGGCUUCUUCGGCAUCGAGUGUCUCCGCCUCUAGCUCGUCGGCCUCCAGCUCGAGCGUGAAGACCAGCUCCAGCUCUUCUUCGUCUUCCGCUUCCACCGCGACGUCUGCUGCCUCAUCUUCGACGGCGAGCUCGUCUUCUGACUCUAGCUCUGCUACGAAGGUUGCUGCGGGCAUUGUCGCCCCGGUUAUCGCCGCUCUGUUCGCGCUCGCGGUGUAG